ACGGCCGUUAACAUACCCCCAUAAAACCCCACCUCUCAUUUCCCCCAGACGGCAAAACCAGACCUCCCCUUCUCUCUAUCUAAACCCCCGAUUCGCCGCCCCUCCUCUCUCUAAACCCCCAAUUCGCCGCCCCUCCUCUCUCUAAACCCCACCGCCUUCUCCAUCUUCGUUCUACUUUCUCUCUCUAGAAAUGCGUGAGAUUCUGCACAUUCAGGGGGGCCAAUGUGGCAACCAGAUCGGGGCAAAGUUCUGGGAGGUGGUCUGCGCCAAGCACGGCAUAGAUUCGACGGGUCGAUACCAAGGUGACACGGACCUGCAACUGGAGCGGGUCAAUGUGUACUACAACGAAGCCAGCUGUGGCCGGUUAGUCCCACGCGCCGUCCUUAUGGACCUCGAACCAGGCACCAUGGACAGUGUCCGAUCCGGGCCCUACGGCCAGAUCUUCCGAACCGACAACUUCGUGUUCGGGCUGUCCGGCGCCGCCAGUAAUCGGUCCACAGGUCACAAUACUGGAGGGGCUGAGCUCAUCGAUUCUGUUCUUGAUGUGGUUCGGAAAGAGGCAGAGAAUUGUGUCUGCCUUCAAGAUAUGAUGAGAAAAAUCUAUUGUGGAAAGAGAGACGGAGAGAAGAGAAGAGAGAGAUUCAAGAGAAGAGAAGAGGCCUCACAAAGGAAGAGAAAGAGAUUCAAGAGAAGAGAAGAGCCUGAUUAUAGCCUAGGUGGAAGGCAAAGGUUUACAUUUUGGGAUGGGAGGAAUAGGAAAAAAAAAGGGAUUGUUGAACACACCUCAGGAAAGAGGAAAGGGAAAGGGAAGUCAACUGGUCGAGCGUUCAUUAAAUUCGGAAAUCAUUUGGAUCUUGCCUUGGCUCUAAAAUAUGAGGAUGGUAAAAAACUAAAAAUGGGGGCUACCACAAUGGAGCAGAGAAAGGAGUAUGACGAAUAGCAGGUGUUUAUUGAGGUUGCAUCCUUAUUAUCAAUAAGUUGUUACAGUUAUUUUUAUUUGAUUGUGUUCUUAAUUUUCAAGAAAAAGAGGCAGAGAAAAGGGUAGUGAUGGAUAGUCUGGAUUUGGUUUCGAAGACUUUUUGUUCAUCUAAAUGGAAGGUAGUAAAUAUUUAGAAGAACUUCGGUUUUUUGUUUGUGUAAAAUGGUGAAAUGGUGAAAUCGAAAUCGUAUUUGGUUAUCCGUUCUAAGUACUUCGGUUUUUUGUUCGUGUAAAAUGGUAAAAUCGAAAUCGUAUUUGGUUAUUCGUUCUAAGUACUUAAGUUUUUUGUUCGUGUAAAA